AUGUCCUACAGGGAUACAACCACUGGUGGGAAACAUUGCAAAUCUUCAUCAGAUCUUAAAAUACACCAGCGAGUACACACAGGAGAGAAACCAUACUGCUGCUCUGACUGUGGGAAAAGUUUCUCAAGAUCAAAUUCACUAAAAGUACACCUAAGAAUUCACACUGGAGAGAAAUCUCACCACUGUUUUGAUUGUGGGAAGAGUUACUUAAGAUUAAAAUCACUAAAAGUACACAUGAGAAUUCACACUGGAGAGAAACCUUACAGCUGUGAUCAAUGUGGGAAGAGUUUUACUAUAUCUAGCUAUCUGAUUAUACACCAGAGAACACAUACAGGAGAGAAACCAUACAGCUGUACUCAAUGUGGGAAGAGUUUUACUCAGUCAAGCAACCUCCAUCGGAUUGUACACCAGAGAACACACACAGGAGAGAAACCUUAUAGCUGUACUCAAUGUGGGAAGCGUUUUACUCACUUAUGCAGCCUGUUAUCACACCAGAGAAAACACACAGGAGAGAAAUCUUUUUCCUGUAAUCAAUGUGGGAAGAGUUUUACUCAGUCAAGCAACCUGGUAUCACACCAGAGAACACACACAGGAGAGAAGCCUUAUAGCUGUGAUCAAUGUGGGAAAAGUUUUGUUACAUCUAGCCGUCUUAUUGUACACCAGAGAACACACACAGGAGAGAAACCUUAUAGCUGUGAUCAAUGUGAGAAGAGUUUUGUUACAUCUAGCCGUCUUAUUGUACACCAGAGAACACACACAGGA